GCCCUUGCGCACGUCACGCAGCACCCGACUGCAAUAUAUUGGAGGACAUGUUCGCAACCCACAAAAUCCUGCAGCUUUUGAUUUUGCUGCAUGCAGGCGCCGCGCCGCGUGGCGCUGCGGCCGCGCCGCUACAGCCCGCCAACAGUGAGCCAUGGCUGGCAGGACUCCGUGCCGCGCUGGCACUCCCGCCGCAAACCCUCGCUGCCGGCCCCUCACCACAAGCCUCCAGCAGCGACCCAGUCCCUGGGGUCUCGGGCGCUGCCGGUGAGGCUCUAGCCGCCCUUUCGGCCGGCCUGCUCUCGCUAUGGGACGCGCCAACAGCAGCUGCUCCUGCUGCUGGGCCUGCUCCAAGAACCGGCGCCCCCGCCAGCGACGAGCCUGCACCCACAGGAAGCAGCACCAGCAGCACUAGGACCAGCAGUAGCGCUAGCAGCAGUAGCACUCUUGGCGCUGCACUCGAUGGCGUCCUGGGCGGUGUACUCGGCGGCCCCGACUGGUCGAAGCUGCUGUUCGGGGGCCUGGGCGGCGACGCAACAGGGGGCGGUGGUGGCCUGCCGCCGCUGCAGCAAACACUCCAGUCACUGGAGUCACUGGAGUCACUGGAGUCACUGGACAAUGUGCGGUCAGCGCAGCGGCUGGAGGAUGCGGUGUCCGAGCUGUGGCGCCAGCUGCAGCAGCCGCAGCCACGUCCGCCCCCGCUGCAGCAGCAGGCGGCAGGCGGUCCUGCCGGUGGCGCUGUCGGUGUUGGGGGUGGGACGCAGGGAGCAGCAGGCGGCGGAGCAGGAGAUGGGACGGCGACGGGGCUUGACCGCCUGUCGGCGCUCCGCGACUGGCUGCAUGGGGAGCUGGCAGCGGUGCAGAAGGUGCUCCAGGACAGCGCCGGCGCAGGAAGCGGCGGGGCGGGCAGUAACAGCAGCGGCAGCGGUGGGGACUGCGGCGGCAGCGGCGCGGGUGCUACAGCAGCCUCGGCGGGGGCAGGCCAACGGCAAGGCUGUGUGCUGGACUCUGCGUUGGGUCACAGCCUGGCCUCGACUGCGUUCGGGCAGUGGCUCCGUGCAGAGGCUGUGCCUUUGGGUGCACCCGUUGGCGGUGGUGAUGGGGACAAGGGCGCAGGGGCCGCUUGCACGGCUGGUGCGUUGUGUGGCGCGGCCCCAGUGGCAGCGGGCACUGCGGGCAGCGCAGCCCCAGGCGGCGGGGAACCCAGCAGCAGUGGCAUUCCUGGUGGCGAUGCCGAAGUCGCGGCUGCCAAGCUUGAGGACAGCACCUCCAGCAGCCCGCCUGGGGGCGACCCCCCGAGCACGAACACAGCCAGUCGCCGCCAGCUGUUGCAAGGGGGCCUCGGGGCGUAUGCGCCUGCUACCACUGGCGCCGCGGGGGCCGGCAUGUCCGGUUCUGCGGCCGCAUCCACGGGUGGCGUUGCUGGUGGUGCUGGUGGUGCUGGUGCCGCGGGUGGAGCUGCUGCUGGGGGACUCCCUGCAAUGGCCACACCGCAGAGUCCCCGGCCCCUGAGGGACGCAGUGGCAGACGCGGCGCUCAACCUGCAGCGGCCGGUGGUGCGGGCCACAGAGCGGGCGCUGCAGCUGUACCGCAUCAUAGCGCAGGACCUGGGGGACGGCAACGUGCCGUUCACGGGCGGCCGCGUGCAGCGCAGGUGCGAGUACCGGCCGUACGUGUUCAGCCCGCGGAUGCCGGAUGCCAUGCCGCAGACCUACACCGGGCCCGCCUUCUACGUGACCCGCUCCGGCGGCAACUGCGCGCUGGUACCGGAGGUGGCGGGCGCGGGUGCCAACGUGUGGACGCAGCUGUUCAUGCGACUGGCGUGCUUCGGGCCCUCGCUGCAAUACCUGUUGCUGCCCGCCUCCUGCAGCGGCGUGUCGGACCUGCCCGAGAGCCUGCUGUGCCCGCGCUGCGUGCCCACGUCGCGCCUGGGCGCGGCCCUGGAUGUCAGCCUGUACGCCGCAGACCCCACCACAUUCAGCUUCUCCAGCAAGGAGGACUUCCUUGCGGCGCUGGCCCCCGGGGGCAGCAUGCCGCACCUGCUGCUAGGCGGCGGCAGUAGUGGCAGUAGCAGUAGCGACUGGGCCCUGCCGCCGGGGCUGCAGCCGGGCCGCGUGAUACGCUGGCUGCGGCGCCAGCUGCUGCAGCACAUGCGGGAAGCGGCUGCGGCGUUCCCCGAGUCUCAGGGGCUGUUGGAGUCCCUGGACCUGUCGCCCUUCAUAGAGGCGGCCGGGCAGCUGCUGGCCAGCGCCACUGGCGGCGGGGCGGCGGCGGCGGUGCCGGUGGCGGACGUGGGGCUGCAGGUAUGGCGUGGCGCCUGCCUGCUCUGUGACUGGCUGCUGUCGGCCGGAGGCUGCAGCGGCGGUGGCGGCAGAGGCGGCGGAGGUGGUGGCGGCGGCGGCAGAGAUGGCGGCGGCGGUUGUGGCAGUGGUUCGGGUGGGCGGGGUUCGCCGCCAGCGGUUCCCGGCAGUCCUGGCGUGCGAGGCGCGGUGGUGAUGGAGCUGGGCGGCGGCGUGGGCCUGGGUGCAGUGGCUGCGGCCAUGGCCGGCGCCGCCCGCGUGGUGGUCACGGACGUCCACGCGGGCGCACGGGCACUGGCGGCGGCCAAUGUGGCGGCCAACAGCCCCCUCAUAGCCGCAUGCCGCCGCCGCCGCACCAGCAGCCGCUGCAGCCCGCAGGCGCAGCGGGAGAAUGCGUGGCAGCAGCAGCAGCAGCAGCAUGCCGGCGACGAAGUGAGGCUGCGGAGGCCAGAGCAGGGUCCGGCGCGGGAAGCGAGUCAAAUAGGGCACGCUGACAGCGAGGCGGAUGGCACAAUUGGGGUUGAUGUGGAGGUGGAGGUGUGCCCGUUGGACUGGAUGGACUUCCUGACCUAUGGCAGCACGUUGCGGGACAGCGGCAGUGGCAGCGGUGGCGAUCACCCAGGUGACGGCGACGCCGGCGGCGACGACAGCAGCCGGGGCUGCCGAGGUACAGCUGCUGGCGGCGGCGACGGCGGUGGCGGCGGCGGCGGCGGCGUUGCUGGCAAGGGCAGUGCAGCAGCGCCGGUGGGCUGCGGAGGUGCCGGCAUCCGCGGAGCCCGUCGGCGUGUCAGCGGCGCGGCCAUUCUGCGGGCGCUGCAGGCGGAGGACGCCACGGCGGCGGCAGGGCAGCUGCAAAACCCGCCGGAAGUGGAUGGCACCGACGGCAGUGCAAGUGGCAGAGCUGCAGGCUCCGCGCCUGCGGCUGUGGCUGGGACCGCUGAGGCUGCGGCUCCGCCACUGAUACCGCCACCAGCUGCUGCUGCAGGCGUGAUGGUGCGGGAGGAGGGCGGCAUUGGCCCAGUGCUGCGAGCACUGGAGCAAACCGAGGCGCCGGUGCUGCUGGUGGCGGCCGACAUGGCCUACGACCCCGCCCUGAACGAGGGCUUCGCCAAGUGCGCCGCCGCGCUACUGGAGGUGCGCGCCGCAGCCCUGCGGCGGCACCAGGAGCAGCAGGAGCACGAACAGCGGGAGCAGCAGCAGGAGCAUGAGAGGGACCAGCAGGGGCAUGAGAAGCAGGGCCCUGGGGGUGCGGAUGGGGGCUGCGGGGCGGUGUUGGAGGCGGUGCCGCGGCUGGUGGUGGCAAUGGAGCGGCGGUACGUGUUCAGUCUGUCGGCACUUGCCGCGACGGCGCCCGCCGCAGACGACUUCAUGACCUACGUGCGGGUGGGUGGGCGCGAGCAGCCAGGAGAGGGGGCAGCGGAGGGGGCAGAGCAGGCCUGGCAGCAGCAGCAACACCACCAGGACCAGCAGCAGCAGCCGCGGCAGCAUCAGGAGCAGCCGCAGCAGCCGGAGCAGCAGCAAGAUCAGCAGCCAGAGCAGCAGCAGCAGCAAGUGGGCCCGGGCCGUCCCAGUCGUCGCACCCCGCUGUUCACGGGCCGGCGGCUGCCACUGGAGCGUGUGCCCCAGGUGCUGCGGUACGAGCGCUGUCCUCAGCUGGAGCUGUGGGAGCUCACGGCCGUGGGGGCGGAGGGAGGGCCGGGGGCUGGGGCGGACGUUGGCACUUAGGCACGUGGCAGGUGGAGCGGAUGGAGAGGGGCCGUGUGAGCGGCGCAUGUGAUUGGAGUCCUGAGAGGCGGCGACGUGCCGUUGAUUUCCCAGUGCAAGCAAGAGAGCAGAGAUUGGUGACAAGCAUACGGUUGUCCCGAGUGUGAUGGCCAACAUCCCGGUCUUGGGCAGCGACCUGCCCAAGCGCGGGCAAGGGUGCGCGGCUGCGGCCUGCGGGCGUGGCGCGGCCUGCUGAGCAUAUGGCUUCACUCAUCAAGCAUCCA